AUGGCUCCAUCAGUCUCGCAGGAUUUGGAGGAGAUCCGCAGCGCCUUGGGGCGGGAAGAAGUUCGCAGCACACAGCUGAGGGAGGAGGCGACCUUGCUGGAAGACUCAAAGCAGGAGCUGCUGCAAGCCAUUGCCAAGUUGGAUGCCGAGGAGCGAAAGGAUCGUCGCCAUUGGCGCACCAAGAACGCUGUUCUGAAGCAUCACUUGAAGCAAAGCCAACUGCAGCAGAAGGAGCUGGUUGCAAAGAUGAAGUCCGAAGCGGAGGCAAGACUGGCCGAAGUGCAAGUCGCAAUGUCGCAGGAGGCCUCGCAGCUGCGGAAGGAGUUGGAGGAAGCGCAGAAGGCACAGCGCAGCAGCUUUGCGCAGCUGGAGGUUCAAACUGCUGCACUGCAAAGGACCGCCAUGGGACUGCCAUGGAUCGCGGUGGAAGGGAGAGAUGAUGGAACUGGAUGA